AAAUUUAUGCCGCAUCAUGAUGACCCCGCGCGACUAUUACCACUCUUAUUAGACACUCUACUACUUGACUUGUAGCCUUUCGGACUACAACGAGCGACGCGCCAACGUAGGCAUAUCCAGAAUUUGCUAUCUGCUACAAUACAUACGCGCGCCAAGGCUCAGGUGCCGUUGCUUCGAAGCCCUUGAUCUCUGGUCCCGGCUUGGCUGCAUCAGCUCAUCCCUUGCUCUCUAAUACAAUAUUUGCUGCAUGAACUGCAACCUGGCCGCGUAAGAACGUUGUGCGAACCAUCCUGUCGUACACAGUUGGCGAAGGCCUCCUCGCAGCUUGGCCCUUCAAGGCAUGACUAAGGCGGCGUUAAGCUACAAUGACCUUACGAUCAGUUUCAAGAAAUGCUCUGGAACUAUUCCUCCGCCUCUGGUCGGCGCCAGUGUCUCGGCACUAGGAAGCAAGAUCUUCGUGGUUGCUGGCCGCCUCGUGUCCAAUCGCCAGAUGACAAAUGAUAUUUAUGUUCUCGAUAAACCGAGUGGGCGAUGGGAGCGACUUCCUUCCGGUCCUCAACCGCCUCCAGCGCGGUACUUUCAUUCGGCCUGUGCAAAAGGUUCACGCAUCUAUAUCUUCGGCGGUAUGGGCGCAAAAUCUGGCGCAGAAGGGGCUCUCUGCGUCUUCAACGACCUUUCCUGGUACGAUGUUCGCGCUCAGCUGUGGAAGACUGUAGAGGCUUCGCCGGUUCAACCUCCAGCUCGAUACGCACAUCUUGCUGUCAUUACUGAUGAGCAGCUCAUUGUCAUCGGUGGUCAAAACUUGGACAACCACUACCUUCGCGAUCUUGCUCGGUUUGACCUCCGUCGACAAGAAUGGCUGCCCCCCACUCAAAUUGAUCCCGAGUUCGGCUCAUAUCGAUCGCUAGCUGUGGCAUUGGAUACUGUAGAUCAGGACAGGCCAAAGAUGAGACCUUCAUGUGAUACGUCUGAGUUGCAAGAUUCCGAGCGCGCAGGCCAGGUACUCUUGUUCUCCAAUUACAACUUUGCAGAUGUACAUCGAGACCUCUACAACAUCACAUCAGGCAACAGUGGAGUCCCUGAGAUUACAGACCUUUCUAAUCGCCUGUGUGGACAGACUUUGCCACCAGGCCUGCGCUUUCCUUCCGGUUACCGUUGUGGACAGCGUUAUCUCGUCGUAUCAGGUGUCUACAUGCUAGCGCACGAUCAAAGCCUUGAAUUAUGGUUACUGGAUCUCGACGACUUGAGCUGGAUACCGAUCGAUACAGGGACUGUCGGUUCCAAAGGUUCUUGGAACAAGGGUUGCUUCUGCGAUUACGACAACACCUUCAUGAUGCUGGGUAACAUGGAUCGAUCAUUGGCCGAGGACUACAACCACCGUCAAUCCAAUUUUGAGCACAUGGUCUCAUUUGAUUUGGAAGCGCAUGGUAUCUACUCACCUCAACGCAAUGACCUGCCGACUGCUGCCAUUGAGCUUGGCCUUUCGCAACUAGCCGAUGGACUGAAUGCCGAUCUGGAUAUUGUGACUCAAGAACGCACGAUCAUCUCUGUUUCCUGCAGAGUAUUGUCAGCCCGUUGGGGCCUCUUUCAAACACUGAUUCAACAAGCAGACGAGUCCAGUGAUCCUGACUCACCACACAGGCGCACUCGACCCGGCUCGUUGCCCAUGAGCACGUACACGAAACGGCACCCAUACGGCGAUCGGUCGCGAUGUUUGUACAUGCCAUACAAUCACGCGACUGUCUCGGCAUUCAUACGCUUCAUCUACAGUGAAACGUUACCGAGCUCUGUGGACACAUCGGCGCACAGUACUUGUUCUUUGCUUCUCAUGGCCGUCUCUGUUGCCGAUCACAAUUCGCCAACAGUCGAAAAUUUGAUUGCGCUGUGCAAGGCGCGAUUGCAUGGCAUGCUCGAUGUCCACAAUGCGUCGAUGAUUUACGAGACGUGUACUCUGACACGGCACACUGGACUGCAAAUUCGUGCACUGCGACUCAUGCUUGCAUCAAGGAACGAUAUCGGGCAACACAAUGAAAGUGCGUCCUUAGCAUAAUUCCGAGGCAUUGCA